AUGAGUAGCAGUCGGAUGGAUGCAGGGCUGCCGGCGAAUCCAACAAACAGCCAGCCUAACCUGCGCGUCACAAUCAUCGCUGCCGAUGGUUUGUACAAGCGAGAUGUGUUCAGGCUCCCCGAUCCCUUCGCGGUUGCCACCAUCAAUGGCGAGCAGACCAAAACGACGCAGGUCUCGAAACGGACCUUGAACCCAUAUUGGAAUGAGAGCUUCGACUUCAAAGUCAAUGAGGAUGGCAUUCUUGCUGUCCAAGUCUUCGACCAGAAGAAGUUUAAGAAGAAGGACCAAGGGUUCCUUGGUGUCAUUAAUAUCCGCAUUGGCGAUGUUAUUGAACUUGCCCCUGAAUCAGACGAUCAGAUGCUUACGAGAGAUCUCAAAAAGUCGACUGAUAACCUGGUAGUUCAUGGAAAGCUAAUCAUCAACCUCUCCACGAACCUUACGGCCCCCGCUCGCGCCCAGCAACCAUCGCUCGCUUCAUCGAGCCGACCUUCACUCCUUAGCCCGCAGCCUUCUACCCUUACCAACGGCGACCGGGUUUCCGAACGGCCGUCAUCCUCCCUGUCGGGCCCUAACGGCACGCCCGCUAUCAGCCCCCAGAUGAAUCUCGCACACCGGCCCGCCAGUCUGGUAUCGACCCAGUCGGCGACCUCUCCCCCCGUCAACGGCUCGGCGCAACCCCGCCCACAGAAUAACACCCUUAGCCCCUUCGAGGAUGCGCAAGGCCGGCUACCGGCCGGAUGGGAACGUCGCGAAGACAACUUAGGGCGAACCUACUACGUCGACCACAACACGAGAACCACAAGCUGGAACCGACCGACUGGUACGGGAGCCGCGGAAGCCCGUAAUGUCGAAGCCAACACACAAGUCGAGCGGCAGAGACACCAAAACCGGACGCUCCCCGAGGAUCGCACGGGUUCGAAUUCGCCAACGUUGCAGGCCCAGCAGCAGGCGGCCCAGGCAGCCAACGCCUCUACCAUGAUGCACACGGGGACCACGACGGCGGGUACCGGCGAGCUCCCCCCGGGCUGGGAACAGCGGUGGACACCCGAGGGCCGACCGUAUUUCGUAGACCACAAUACCCGGACGACGACCUGGGUGGAUCCACGUCGCCAGCAGUACAUCCGAAUGUACGGCGGGCAAAACAACAACAACAGCCAGAUCCAGCAACAGCCCGUCUCUCAACUCGGACCCUUGCCGAGCGGGUGGGAGAUGCGUUUAACUAACACGGCACGCGUUUACUUUGUUGACCACAACACCAAGACGACAACCUGGGACGACCCACGGCUCCCAUCGUCGCUCGACCAGAACGUGCCGCAGUACAAGCGUGACUUCCGGCGGAAGUUGAUCUACUUCCGGUCACAGCCGGCCAUGCGCAUUCUCUCCGGGCAAUGUCACAUCAAGGUGAGGCGGUCACAUAUCUUUGAGGACUCGUUUGCCGAGAUUUCGCGGCAGUCGGCGACGGACCUCAAGAAGCGAUUGAUGAUCAAGUUUGACGGGGAAGACGGUCUCGACUACGGCGGUCUAUCGCGUGAGUUCUUCUUCUUGCUAUCACACGAGAUGUUCAACCCCUUCUACUGCCUGUUCGAGUAUUCGGCGCACGACAACUACACGCUCCAGAUCAAUCCUCACUCGGGCAUCAACCCGGAGCAUCUCAACUACUUCAAGUUCAUUGGCCGGGUGGUCGGGCUGGCCAUCUUCCACCGUCGCUUCCUAGACGCCUUUUUCAUCGGCGCGCUGUACAAGAUGGUGUUGGGGAAGAACGUUGUUCUCGCCGAUAUGGAAGGUGUGGACGCGGACUUCCACCGCUCGCUCCAGUGGAUGCUGGACAACGACAUCUCAGGGGGGAUCCUGGAGCAGACCUUCUCGACCGAAGACGAGCGGUUCGGUUCCAUCACCGUCGAGGAUCUGAUUCCCAACGGCCGCAACAUUGAUGUGACCAACGAGAACAAGAAGGAGUACGUCGAUCUGAUGGUUAAGUGGCGGAUCCAGAAGCGUAUCUCGGAACAGUUUGAGGCUUUCAAAGAAGGUUUCCAGGACCUGAUCCCGCAGGACUUGAUUAACGUCUUUGACGAGCGCGAGCUGGAGCUGUUGAUUGGCGGUAUUGCGGAGAUCGAUGUGGACGACUGGAAGAAGCACACCGACUACCGCGGGUACACCGAGUCGGACGAGGUGAUCCAGUUCUUCUGGCAGACGGUACGGUCGUGGGAUGGUGAGCAGAAGUCGCGCCUGCUGCAGUUCACGACGGGCACGUCGCGAAUCCCGGUCAACGGAUUCAAGGAUUUGCAGGGUAGUGAUGGGCCGCGGCGGUUCACCAUUGAGAAGGCCGGUGAAGUUUCGAAUUUGCCCAAGGCACACACUUGCUUUAACCGUUUGGAUCUCCCGCCAUACAAGAACCUGGAGAGCCUGCAGCACAAGCUCACGAUGGCGGUGGAGGAAACGAUGGGUUUCGGGCAAGAGUAG